UGUACAAAAUCGGAACGCGAUAGGUUAAGAAACCGAUUUUUGCGGUCGAUUUAAAGAGCCUGGCCGUUAUUUGGGACACGGGGUAUUAUCACGUUUCUUGUUUUCUGAUUCGUUCUUAAGUGUUCUUAUCCACAGAUGUCUCAUCGACUGAGGAGCGAUAAUAAAAUGCUCUGAACUCUCCUCGCCCUGUUUGUUGAUGAUUCUGGCAAUUACCCGAAGAGACCUUUCGUGAGAGCCAUCUGUAUAUACAGACACAUGUCGGUUGCUUUUCUGCACCGCGUAACUUAUGAUUACUACAUUUAACGGCUGCACCAGAAGCGAAGGAGGUAAAUACAGUCGUUUCUGUGUACGAAAUUUCAGCUCCUGAAAUGUGGCGGCAACUCCAUGGCCUAUUCCAUCUGGGAUGUACCUGGCUCCAGACCGUUCUGUCUGCUGGACGCGGUUGACCAGGACAAAGACGGAAACUACAUGUGCUAUAAGUAUGCCGAAGGAGGAAAAUGUUCUAGAAUACCUUACACCUACCUCCCCCGUGUUGGGUCCGCUAACCCCAACUCUCUCGCAAGGGACCCAGGCGGCUGCUCCCCCAUGAGCAAGUCGUUGAUCGUGGACACGGACAACUGCAACUACCUGGUCCAAGCAGAAUGCUACGCCAAUGGAACGGUGAACACCUACCUGACCUACAAGGAGUCCUGGCCGAGAGCCAGCAGGGAUGCGUACAUCAAAGCAGCGGCGAGGAACCACCAGAUCUCUUACAUCGCGAACUACACGAUCGACUGCGAAAACGGGAGAGCGUAA